AAGUCCUCAAAAGGAACGAGCAAGAAGGAAGGUACCGCCGCCAGUCGCCGAUUCGAGAUCGUCGUCCUUUUUGGCCAUCACCUUCUCCCCCGUCCUCCUUCUCCUUCUUCUUCGUCACGCAACACGAGCUGGUCUCGACGUCGACACGCUACCGCUGGUUCGGUUUCAUCCUCUCACGAUAUCAUAGCUCCUCUGUUGCGCCCUUUUUGUAUUUGCCCUUUGUCGUGUUCGUCAACCCCUCGCCUCACCUUCUCAAGCUCCUCGGGCCGGUCCCAACGCUUUCUCAACCUCAACGAUCCCAGCUCCUGCACCGGCUACCUAGUCAAACAUGCUCGCAGCACGCCCUCAUCCCAACGCCGAAGCCGGAAUGGCGGCAGGCGCCCUGAAGUCCGUCACAUCGACCAGUCUCUCACCCGUCUUGACUCUGCAGCACAGCCUUGCUGUCGAAGCUUCCGCCUUCUCUGACAGCGGCUCGGAGCCUACGACGUCAGACAGCAGUGACUCGUCAGACUACGAAGAUCUGGACGACGAAGUCGGCGGAGGCAGGGCGGUUCAAAGCGCACCUGCCAUCGUCGGCAUCGGUCUCACCGUACCUGGCUCUUCCUUUGGCCAGCACCAUCAACUGCAUAGAGGUGCCCCAUCUGAUUCGGACAGCAGCGAUGAAGAGUACGCAGCAAUUGAAGUCGAGCAGGGUGACGAUUUCGAAGAUCGACCGACCGCACGGCCUGCUUGGACGCCAGCGAUGCAAAGGUCCGCCGCUUCUCGCAAGCUUUUUGCUGCGCUCUCUCGAGACGAGAGUAGUACCGAGAAAUCGGCGUCACCGUCUGUCAAGGUGGCGAACAAUCUGUCCUCCCGCCGAGGUCACCAUCGUCUUCCUUCCCUUGAUCAGCUACGGACAAGAAUGUCAGGCUUAGGCAUCCGUGACGGCGCAUCGCCAAGGUUACACGGCAGUCCAGCCCCUCGUAUCCUCCUCUCGCAACCGUCGCGUGUGUCCUCGCCCGCUUCCAAGAUCACCACCCCCCGCCCUCCUCUCCGCCACAAGCGCAGCGUCAGUUGCCCAAGUCCGAAGCCAGAUGAGGGCGAAGUUUGGCAAGUCAAUGAUGAUAUGACGAUCACGAUCACUCCACCUACGCCUACACCGCAAGCCAAGUCGCCCGUCAUGGGAUACAUCCUCCAGAACGCGGGGCAACCAGUCCACCCAAUCCGGUUCAGGCGUCGUCGCGAGGACGCCCUCUUGCUACAUCCACCCUGCUUCGAGCUCGCGCCAGGACGCCAGAAGAUGGUCGAAGCGCGAGCCAAGCAGGCUAUAGAGCAGAUGGCGGCCCUACACGCUGCCGCCAAGGACCAGCAUCGUGUCAUUGGGCCCGGAAACGGGGCUCUGGUCGGAUUGGGCUGGCCAGGGUCGUCAGGCGGUGGGGGCUUCCCGCAAUCUGCACCUGCUCCCCUAUCUUCCAAGUCCAUCCGCUCUACGAUCCGCGGAGGAGCUCCAGCAUGGUCGGCAAACCGCUCUUCCCGCCCGCACCGUGCGGAGGAUAGCCCACCUCGACCAGCGUAUCGACGCUCCCGCUCGUCCGAGAAAGACCUGCAGAUGCCCAAGUCCCAAUCACUCAGCAAUCUCUCUGAUGACUGGCGUCAGCGUGCAAGCACUACGGUGCCUGUACCACCUCGCGCUGCUUCACCGCCGCACGUAGCCAGCGCCAAGUACAUUCCACCGUGUCGUCGUCAGGGCCCGGCGUACCAGCCUCCAUCCCCGCCCACGUCGCCUACGAAGGAGGCGGCACAGCCGAUUCUCCACGCUCUUCCUCCGCGUCCUGUCUCACCGCCGCGCAAUGCGCCGUCAGUUACUUUUGCUCCCUCGUCGUCCUCACCGCCUUCGGCGCGUGCGGCGGCUGGUCGUAAUCUGCUUUCGAGGCUCGGGGAGCGUGGGGCAAAGUGCUUCUGAAUGAGGGGCGGAAGAAAGCGUUGACC